GAAGACCGGAAGUUGACAAGGGAGGAGGCCAGUCCUCCAGAGCAGUCCUCCUGCCUUUCCCUCCACCAGAUCCAGGCCCAGGGCUGCCAGGAAAGUGGGAUCAGAAGUCCGGGGGCCAGGCUCUUGGAGGAGCGGCUGACGGAAUUGGGUCUGUCUAGCUUGGAGAACUGAAGGCUGGGAGAAACCAUCCAGAUGCCACAACUGUGAGAAGUGUGUUGCUCAAAUGCCAUGUCUUCCAAGACACCAGGAAGUCCUGCAAAGAGUUCAUCGCUUAUGGACCAGAAGAGACUUCACGCAGGAGAGAAACUGUACACAUGCCCGGAGUGUGAGAAAUGUUUUGCCCGAAAUGCAGACCUUGUGAGACACCAAAGAAUCCACACAGGGGAUAAACUGUAUAAAUGCCAGGAUUGUGAAGAAUGUUUUGUUCACCAUCAACAACUAGUAAGACACCAGUUAUCCCAUAGAGAAGACAAACCAUACAAGUGCCAGGAGUGUGGGAAAUGUUUUGCUCAGAAUGUCUACCUUGUGACCCACCAGAGGGUCCACACAGGAGAGAAACCAUUCAAAUGCCAAGACUGCGGGAGGUGUUUUGCUCAGACGUCCUGCCUUUUGAGACACCAGAGACUCCACACAGGAGAGAAACCAUACAGCUGCGAUGAAUGUGGGAAAAGUUUCGCUCACAGUUCGUCCCUUGUGUACCACAAGAGACUUCACACAGGAGAGAGGCCUUACACGUGCCAGGAGUGUGGGAAAACCUUUGCUCGGAACGCACACCUUGCGGGCCACAAGAGGAUCCACACAGGAGAGAAACGGUUUAAAUGCCAGGAGUGUGGGAAAUGUUUUGUUCACCAUCAGCAACUAGUAAGACACCAGUUAUUCCACACAGAAGAGAAAACAUACAUCUGCAGUGAAUGUGGAAAAUGUUUUGCUCAGUAUGAAUACCUUGUGACCCACCAGAGACUCCACACAGGAGAGAAACCACACAUCUGCAAGGAAUGUGGAGAGUGUUUUGCUCACGGGUCAUCUCUUGUGUACCACAAGAGACUUCACACAAGAGAAGAACCAUACAAAUGCGAGUAGAAUGGAAAAUAUUUUGCUCAGAAUGCAUACCUUGUGACCCAUCAGAGACUCCAUGGAGAUGCAUAAAAAUAAUAGGAGUGUUUGAAAUUCUCAGACUCACAAACGUGUCCAUAGAUAUAGUGAGUUUUCUCUUGCACUGGUGAAUAGUUCUUAGCAGUGAUAAAUUCUAGCUAAUGUUUGUUAAGUUCUCCUUUGUUAUAUUAUUAUUAUUAUUAUUAUUAUUAUUAGAAACACAACAAGAUGAGUCCACAAUUAACAAGAUCACUCUACUGGCUGUUGUAUUGCCUCACACAUCGGACACUUCCCAAGUGUCUAGGACUGUGUGAUAUAUCGGCGAAUAAUACGUGCAGAUCCCAGUAAGGUGGCC